AGCAAAAUAAGUGGUAUUCAAACGCACACUAAAUCAUUACAUCAUCAGUUGCUUCAUCAUCUGUAAAUCCUUCCAUGUAUGUCUCAAGCUAAAGAAGAAGGAAGGUGCAAUGAAAUCUCAAGAGAAAUAAGAAGAGGCAAGGAAGUUUCAUGUGGAUUCUUAGUACUUCUAAUCACUUUUUUUCUUCUUUCUUUAUGUGGGAAAUGGAAGACUUUUGAUAACUUGACUUGCCCUUGGCCUUUAUAUGCACGGUCCGUUGCCUAAUCAUUGUCCAUUGAUAUGCAUCUCAAUCUUCAACCAUCGUUGUCAAAGAUUGGUCCAAAAUCUCAUGUUGCUGCAAGGGAUUGAUCCCAAUGUCUGGUCUAUUGGAAUUUGGAACCACUCAUGAGGGAGAUAGCAAUCAUGGACGCAGUUGAAAAGACAUGGUAGAGAUUUACGACAAGAAGUUUGAAAAUUUAUAUUAUGUUCCAUAAUAUUCAGAAAUUCUUUGAUGGAAUCAAUUGCCCCACCCACUAGAUCUCCUCCUAGUAGCCCAAUGAGUGAAGAUAGAGUUCCACAUGCUACUCCUUCCAUAGCUUCAAUUUUCCCACCAAACUAUUCUAGGUCUGGUGGUUCAGCAUCUGAUCAAACGAUUCCACAAUACUCUAAUUCCAUAUCGAUAAUCUUCCCACCAACAAAGUCACAGACUGAGAGUUCAGAAUCCAAUCAAAGAUUUGGACAAUUCUCACAUUCCAUAUCCUCAAUCUUCCCACCGACCAAGUCUCAAACUGAUCAAAGUUCAGAAUCCAAUCAAAGACUAAAAGUAUUCUCUAAAAAUUCCAUGUUGUCAGUGUUCCCACCAACAAAGUCACAGACUGAGAGUUCAGAAUCCAAUCAAAGAUUUGGACAAUUCUCACAUUCCAUACCCUCAAUCUUCCCGCCGACCAAUUCUCAAACUGAUCAAAGUUCAGAAUCCAAUCAAAGACUAACACGAUUCUCUAAAUAUUCCAUAUCGUCAAUCUUCCCACCAACAAAGUCACAAACUGAGAGUUCAGAAUCCAAUCAAAGAUUUGGACAAUUCUCACAUUCCAUACCUCCAAUCUUCCCACCGACCAAGCCUCAAACUGAUCAAAGUUUGGAAUCCAAUCAAAGAUUUGGACAAUUCUCACAUUCCAUACCCUCAAUCUUCUUGCCGACCAAUUCUCAAACUGAUCAAAGUUCAGAAUCCAAUGAAGGACUAACACGAUUCUCUCAAUAUUUCAUAUCGUCAAUCUUCCCGCCAAACAUGUUUGAUGAUACAAAUAAUUUGGAUAGCAUGCCUAAAGAUAUGCAGAAUACAAAAGAAAACAAAGGAAAUAUUACAAGUAAAAAAGAGAGUAUAGAUGUGCCUGAAUUCAAAGAUCUUCAUUUGAGUAGAGUUGUAUGUCCUUACAAGCAAACCCUUCAAAGGCGGCUCCAGUGGCUGAUUGAGGACGACGUCCACAUGAAAUGGACCUAUGCCGUCUUCUGGAAGUUAUUGCACGACUAUUCUGGUGAGUCAAUUUUGGCCUGGGAUUUCGGAUACUACCAAGGCAACAAAGACAAUCUUAAGGCCAAGACAACAUCUGAGGUGGAACAGGAGCAUGUUAAGAAGGUGUUGGUCAACCUCAGUUUGUUGAACUCGGGAUUUGUUGACGAACAAGAGCUCACUGACACCAAGUGGUUCUUCUUGGCAUCGAAAAUGUUGUCCUUCGUGAACGGCAGCGACCUCCCAGGCAAGGCUUUUACCACUUCAAAUCCAGUUUGGGUGGCUGGUGAGAGCUCACUGGCAAGCUUGCCAUAUGAUCGGGCUCGUCAGGGCCAGCAUUCUGGGCUCCAGACCAUGAUGUACGUACCCUUCAAAAUUGGCGUUGUGGAAUUGGGCUCUACUGAACUUCUUUUACAGGAAGAAAAUUUAGAUAGUCCCGAAGCAGUACUUCGGACUCUCACAUCGGGAGAAGCAGUACUUCGAAUUCUCACAUCAGGAAUGGAUCCUAUACUUGAAAUUCGAUCGUUAAAUUUUCAAAAUAUAUAGAUAUAUUAAUGUUUUUUAGUAGGACUUGUAGUGAUUGACUACAAUGAAGUUUGUAACCAACGUUU